CUUAUAAAAUCCAAGAGCGGCGGUCACAGCUUGCUUCCAAGCCGAGCCAGCCAGCGAAGCCCACCACCACCACCACCUCCCAGAUCCCCCACCACCUCGCCGCCGGCACCACCAUGCGCGGCGCGGCGGCGGCGGCACGGGCGGCGGGGGCGGGGCCCACCGUGAAGCGGGUGGCGCAGCGGGUAGUGGCGCCGUCGGCACCGACGCCCGGGGGCGCGCUGCCGCUGUCCUGGCUCGACCGCUACCCGACGCAGCGCGCGCUCAUCGAGUCCCUCCAUGUCUUCAAGGGCCGCGCCGGCGCGGCGGAGGAGCCGGCCGGGGCAAUCGAGCGCGCGCUGGCCGCGGCGCUCGUGAGCUACUACCCCAUCGCCGGGAGGCUGGCGGAGUCCGAGGACGGCGGGGGCCUCGUCGUCGACUGUACCGGCGAGGGCGUGUGGUUCAUCGAGGCCACCGCCAGCUGCUCCCUCGAGGAUGUGGACUACCUCGAGUACCCUCUCAUGGUGGACAAGGACGAGCUCCUCCCCCACCCCACCUACCCCGCCUCCGACCAUCUCCCCGAGGACUCAAUCAUCCUCCUUGUUCAGGUUACGCAGUUCGCGUGCGGCGGCUUCGUGGUCGGGUUCCGGUUCAGCCACGCCGUCGCGGACGGCCCCGGCGCGGCGCAGUUCAUGACGGCGGUCGGGGAGAUCGCGCGGGGGAGGGCGUCGCCGGCGCUGGAGCCGGCGUGGGGGCGCGACGCGAUCCCGAGCCCGCCGGCCGCCGCCGUCGGCCCGCUCCCCGUCCCGACGGAGCUCCGGCUGCAGUACCUCGCCAUGGACAUCUCCACCGACUACAUCGACCACUUCAAGGCGAGGUUCCUGGAGCAGACGGGCCACCGGUGCAGCGCGUUCGAGGUGCUCAUCGCCAAGGCGUGGCAGUCGCGGACGCGCGCGGCGGGGUUCGCGCCGGGGUCCCCCGUGCACGUGUGCUUCGCCAUGAACGCCCGCCCCGUGCUCCGGCGCGCGCUCCCGGAGGGGUUCUACGGCAACUGCUACUACAUCAUGCGCGUGACGGCGCCCGCCGAGGCCGUGGCGGACGCGUCCGUCUACGACGUGGUGAGGCUGAUCCGCGAGGGGAAGAAGCGGCUCCCGGGCGAUUUCGCGCGGUGGAGCGCCGGCGAGGCGGGCGCCCGCGGCGAGGACCCCUACCGCAUUACCUCCGACUACCGGACGCUGCUGGUGUCCGACUGGUCGCGCCUCGGCUUCGCGGAGGUGGACUACGGGUGGGGCGCCCCCGUCCACGUCGUGCCGCUCACCAACCUCGACUACAUCGCGACGUGCAUCCUCGUCCGCCCCUCCGCGCACAAGCCCGGCGCGCGCCUCAUCACGCAGUGCGUCGCCGCCGACGGCGUCGACGCGUUCCACAAGGACAUGAUGCGCCUCGACUGAGCCAGCCACAGCCCACAGCGACCUCGCCGCGUACACUCCGCCACCCGUUUGCUCAUCGAGCGCCGCCACCGACAUCGCCGGCGCAAUUUGAUUCGUUCGUUUUUUUUCUCUCUCUCUCGCUGUAUGCACGCCAUGGCAUUCGCCGUAUUAGACUAGUACAACAAAAUUAUAUAUAUAUCAGAUUAUUGAAAAUAUGAUACAUAUAUACGCGCCUGUAAUGCGAAGCAUUUGUGCUUAUUCCUUCUAUUAAUUAUUCAAAUCGGUCACCCCCUACUGCAAAUUUUCCAUUCUCUGGAUAUUUUUCAGUAAAUUUUAGAAUAAAUUCUCAGAUAAUUUAACCUUUUGACAGAGCCAUCCACGUUGGCUUGGCAAAAUACAUUCAAAACACAUUAGCACGCGGAUUAGAAAAUUAUACAAUGAGGCUCAGGACAUGUGUGUGGCGAAAGAUCUCUACCUCGCCAUAAAUAAAGAGCACCGUCGUUUGUGCCAUUUUCACCUUUCAGUAUGUAUGCAUACUAUAAUAUAAUUAAAUAAUAUUCAUGUUGAUAUUUCCUUACAAGAAAUCUAUAGAUGUA